AUAAAGAUCAUAUAGGACUUUGUGUAAAACAUAACUAUUCACAUUCUGUGUUACUGAAAGUAUAUAACUACUACUUCUUUUUGUUAUUUCCGAAAUAUAUUCGUGGAUAUUUAACGAGUAAUUAAUGAAACUUCUGCUUGUGCGGAUUAAUAUGGUAUGUGAAUAGAAUAAUUAUACUGCACCGCUACUGGCCAGUGAAAGUAUCCUUAGCCAACCUCCCCACACUCCGUUGCCUUCGUCGCCAGUGAGUCUCAACAAUUUUGGCCUAGAAUUUUGGACAAACUGAAGAUAAAAAAAAUCGUAUAAUUUGAACAAGAAAAAACAACUUCUCAUCGAUAGUUUGAUGUCUCGAUACAGGGUUGUUGUUGGAUCUUUCCAAUAAUAUUUGACUGUAUAUCAGGUUCAUUGCUUGACUUGUGCUUCUAUAGAGCAUAAAAAAAAUUCUCUAAUUUUCAUGGGCAGAUAAUUAUGACGAUGGCGAGUUUAUUUUCUUUCACCAGCCCAGUUGUAAAGAGACUCCUGGGUUGGAAACAGGGGGACGAAGAGGAAAAAUGGGCCGAAAAGGCUGUUGAUUCUUUAGUAAAAAAACUUAAGAAAAAGAAAGGAGCUAUGGAGGAUUUAGAGCGGGCACUAAGUCGGCCGGGCGAGCCCAGUAAAUGUGUGACAAUACCACGUUCUUUGGAUGGUAGGCUGCAAGUUUCUCACAGAAAAGGAUUACCACAUGUUAUAUAUUGCCGUGUAUGGAGAUGGCCCGACUUGCAGAGUCACCACGAACUGAAAGCUCUGGAUUGCUGUGAAUACGCCUUUGGCAAAAAACAGAAGGAAGUGUGUAUAAAUCCUUACCAUUACAAAAGAGUAGAAAGCCCUGUUCUACCGCCAGUUCUUGUACCCAGACACAGCGAAGGUAUUCCAUCACGCACUAUGCUGCCGUUGCGCAACCUGCAUCCGCCACAACCAGACCCAACUUUCCCGCAUAACGUCUCAUUCCCGCAAGGCUUCCAAGGUUCCAAUCAAAGUGGGAAUGGCAACGGAGGACCAUCCCAACUGACGCACCCCAACUCACCGGCAAGCUCUGGCCCAGGAAGCCCCUACGGGUUGCCAGCUGACACACCACCACCUGCAUAUGUGCCACCUGAGGACCAGAUUUCAAAUGAACCAAUGGAAACCAACUCAGGACCUGUUCCUAACAAUCGCUCAAUGAGAGCAAUAGAUGUUCAGCCAGUAACGUACCAAGAGCCGCAGUGCUGGUGUGCCAUAGCCUACUUUGAACUCAAUUGUCGUGUGGGGGAGCCCUUCCAUGCGAACGGCACGAGUGUGAUCGUCGACGGCUUCACCAAUCCUUCAAGCAAUUCGGAUCGUUUCUGCCUUGGAUUACUGUCGAACGUCAAUCGAAAUUCCACCAUCGAGAACACGAGAAGACACAUUGGAAAAGGUGUUCAUCUGUACUAUGUAGGCGGUGAGGUUUAUGCCGAAUGCCUGAGCGACAGUAGCAUCUUCGUACAGAGUCGCAACUGUAAUUACCAUCACGGUUUUCACCCGACGACAGUUUGUAAAAUACCACCCGGUUGCAGCUUGAAGAUAUUCAACAACCAGGAGUUCGCAGCCCUGCUCUCGCAGUCCGUCAACCAUGGAUUUGAGGCAGUUUACGAGCUGACCAAGAUGUGUACAAUCCGUAUGAGCUUCGUGAAGGGAUGGGGCGCGGAGUAUCACAGACAAGAUGUCACUAGCACACCAUGUUGGAUAGAGAUCCAUCUGAACGGUCCACUGCAGUGGCUAGACAAAGUGCUGACGCAAAUGGGGUCGUCGGAAGUUCCCAUAUCUUCGGUGUCAUGACCUCCCUCCUAUGUAAUGUCUAGUCUAGUACUAUUCUAAUGCUUUGAGCCAAAAAAAUUACAUAUUUUUUUGGUGGUUAAUUGAAGUGAAAACUCAACUAAGGUUUUCAUAAUUUUUUUUUAGAGAAAAAAAUGUUAUUUGUUUUGCUUGAAAAUAUGUGAAAGCUGAUCAAGGUAUACUGUUCAUACAAAUAAUGAAAAUAUUGAACGAAAUGAGUGUAAAGGCCAACUCAGACAGUGUCGUACAGCGUUGCCCGACACGAUUAGUUGUCGCGUCAGAUCUGUGGAAGUCACGUAGAAUAUUAAACAUGUUUAAUGUUCCUCACGACUGCUUAAGACUGUCCUCCGACGAUAAAUCGCAUCGGGCCGCGUUGUAUGAUGCUAUUAGAGUUGGCCUUAAAAGAUGUUGCCAUGUACUUAAGAAUAUGUAAUCAUGUGUCGCUAACAAAUUUGUGGACAAUGGAAACCCUUAAACUCAGAUAUUAAAACCAAAUUUAUUUAUUUACAUAUAUAUGCACAUUUUGGACAAAUUAAUUUUUAUCUUUUGAAAAUCCUGUUGAUAUGAUUUGUGUUAUCUAUUAUUUUACUUUUGUAGAAACUCUUGAUGUUUAAGAAUUCACCAAACCCAUUAGUUGUCUAGUUACUAUGGAGGUCGUGGGUAGUUGAAGUAGUUACCUGCGAUUUUGUGUUUUUAACAAACUUAUUACAUCGGGUUAACAAAAUCACCUUUGUUAAUGUUUUCGCCAAAAGUCGUUCAGACGCCGAUUCUUUAUAGCAGCGAUAUAUAGCCUAUGAAUACCGUUUUACACUGAAGUACACAUUAAUAAUAUUUUGACAUUAAUGGAGGUGGUGCUGUGAUGAGAAAAACAUUACUGAAAUUUAUCUUUCCAUUAUACGCGAUAAUUUGACUUCAACUGCCUAUACCUCAACCUAUAUGUCUAUUGCUGAUUUGGACAGCCUAACACCUUAACGACAUGAGGAAAUUUCUAGCUGCGAAUUGUCAGACACAUUAUUGUCAAGUUAAGUGGUAUGUUUUAUCGGGGAAAUAUCGUGUUGUUAUAUCCUCGUAAAUAUGGUGUUAAAACAUGAAUGGAAAUGAGAUGUAAUAUUUGUUGCUUGAAACAGUUAAGUAGGAAAAAAAUUAAAUAAAUUGAAGGAUCUGGAGUCUGGUAAAGAAGUGGGAUGUGGCAGGAUUUAUUGUGGAACAAGAAAUGUGUUUGCAUGGUGGAAACGAUGCGGUUUUUUUUUGCAGAAAAAUGCCUGUUAGGAAGGUGAGAUGUGAUAGGUUUUUAAUGUGUAGAAUGUGUGUUGCGAAUGUGAGGCGUAAUAGGUUUCACUGUGAGAAGCUUGUUUAGAACAUUGCAUGUAAUGUGUCUAAGAUGGGAUGUGAUAUGCUUAGUAAAAACCCAUCACGUGGAAAAGAGAAGUGUGUUUGGAAUGGAAUAAUAGGCAUCAUCGUGAUUGGACACGCAGUGAUGUGGUUAUGAUGGGACUGAUUAAUCCAUUAAACAACGUAGAUUUCAUGCUUGGAUGCACACCCUGUUUGCUUGUAAGCGUUUGCAGGGGUUGAAAUUAACAAGCUGAUGAGUGGUCCAGGUAUGAACUUCAAGGUCAAACAUGAGGGGAUGAGCAGGAAAAUGCUAAGACAGAAUAAGUCUACCUGUUUAAGCUCUGUUCGCGCUACGAAAUUUAUAUCAAUUAGUCUGCGAUGGCCAUUACGCACAAACAUGUACGCUAUUGUACAUGCUUGUCAUUGAAUUUAUACUAGAAUGUACAAGCAUGGAGAAUUAUAUUCAAUUCGAACAUAUAUGGGAAUGAUGAUGUCAUACUACACCCAUAUAUGGGCAAAUCAUAUGUAUUCAUCACAUAAAACUCCAUAGUAUUAACACAAGUGUGAUGUUUGUUUGCAUUUUGUAUGUUGUGUACACCUAGAACUACGCAUAGAUAUUCUAGCAGAGAAUAUGAGUCGAAACCUUCCCAUGAAAUAUGCUAAACAGUUUUUGAAAUGCUGCCCAGUUAUUCUGAUUUCAUUCAAUCGAUUAGUGAGAAUAUUUUUUAUAUAAUUUCCUGUUAACCUUUGCAAAUAAUCAUUAUACAAGAAAUAAAAAAAUCUUACAGUUUUGUUUAUGAGAGCAGUUAAUAAUUAUUAUCAAUAAACUAGCCAUGUGGGGUAUCAGUUAAACAGAAACAUUUACAUUUACAAUGGGUUACUUAAUAAACCAUGAAAAAUAAAUAACUAAUAAAUACCUUACUUAGCAGGAUGCACAGGACAACAUAUAAGUAAAAUUAUCAAAACUAAAAUAAUAUAUGCCAGUUAGAAUGUUAUUUUUGUAAUCUUAAACUUAUGGAGUUUUUUUUUUAAGCUGGUGUUUUUGCAGGAUAUUCAGCAAGCCGUAACAAACUAUCAAUGCUAACUCAUCACCCAGUCUCUGUAGGUUUAAUUCUGUUUCACUCUAAUGGCUACCAGAUGUAAUCGAAAGGCUAAUUUAAGACAGCACUUCAGAACUAGAAUAUUCAUUUAAUAUUGUCAACCUGUUUUUUUUUUUUGUAACUUAUGACAAAAAUUAGAUUUUUAAUGUAAAUUUUAGUUUGUACAUUUUUAGAGCAAUUAUAUCCAUAAUUUUUUAAAAUUUUAUGUCAAUUCUUGGAAACACUUACUGUAGUUGACUUUUUUGGUUUUGUUAAGUACACUUGAGACAAAUUUAUAGCUUCUCUCUUAUUCGAAAUCACGUCCGUUGAACGAUAUGUGAUAAACAUUUGAAAUGUUCUGUUUAUAAAUACUGUUGAUCUGAAAUUAUCAAUGAGUCAUCCACUCUACUCUAGGUGGUUUCAGAUUUGCCCAAAUGUAUCAUUUUAGCACUUGUUGGAACCUCGCAAUAUAUUGUUGAAAGUUCAUUAAUGGAGAAUAAAAUAAUUCACAAUUGAUAAAUCGUAUGAUUUAAAACAUAAAAAUUGCUAAUUGAUUUUAUCAGUAUCUAAGCUCAGUUGGUAGAGUAACUGAAUAUAACUGGAAGUUCUUAGGUUCAAAUCCAGCAUUUGCACAAAAAAUAUUUAUGAAUAAUGAAUUAAGUAUUUGAAAUCAAAUUACUGUACUUCCAUUUGAAAAUUAUUAAUAAGCAACAUUACAGAAAAACCAAUUAGAAAUUUGAAAUUAUCAGAUUAAAAUUUGUUGAAUUUAUGUCAAAGAUAUGCCUAUGCGAGAAUGUGUUGGUGAAUUAUGAUGAUAGUGCUACAAUGUAAGAUUCUGUGUGAUGGUGUUUGCCAUGGUUAAGAGCAAAUCUUGAUUUUUAAUUGAGUAACUGACAUGAAAUGUUCACAUUUUGAAAUGUCAUCCUUGAAAGGCUGUGAAGAUUGCAUAAAUUAAAUGCAAAUAUUGAGCUAAGCUUCAAGUACUGAACGCCUACUAGUCAUUAUAACAUAGUGCUCGUGAAAUAUUUUAUUAGUUAUCAGCUUCAUUUUGGAAUUUGACCAUUUUGAGGCUAGGCAUAUAUUAUCCGAGUUUAGUUUGUCAGACACAGAUCAAAUUUUGUUUGAUAAUUGUUUCAGACAUACCUACAAAAUGUAUUCCAGUGGAAAGUACUUGCUGAAAUUGUUCACACUAUGAAAUAUCUGAACAGAUUUUGUGUGAUAUUGAAUACUUGUUUCAGACAUUUCUGAUCAAACAAAUCAUGUAUCUUUCUAUUUCUGUUGGGUGAAUGCUACAGUUCAUCACUAACAGUCUGAUAAAACUUCUAAAACUGCCUAGAUCCUAUAUUCUAUGUCUAGCUUAUAAGGAAUUAAGUAUUGAUACCCUUUUGAAUAUGAACCUGCAGAUGCUGUAGCAUUUCAGCUCACCCAUAUAUUCCCUCAGAUAUGUCUUAUGACCUGUAUUUCAAAAUACCAGUCUGUGCAUAUAAUAUACAUAAUUUACUAGUUUAAUUAAAAUAGUUGCAUAUUCACCAAAAAAAGUAACUGUAUUUAAAUACAUUAUAAUUAUAUUUCUGUGGGCUUGCAUUGUUUUAAAUCUCUAUUCAAGUUGUGUUUAAAAACCUUGAUUUUGAUGUUGAUCAGGUGCGCUUAGCCGAUAGUGGAAUAACCCAUGUACACAUUUAGUGUAUACGUUGCUUGAUUUUUAUUGAUUAUGUAAUAAUAAUCCACCAAUCAGAUUGGUGGUCAGUCAGCUGUGGUAAACGCACACAACACGUACAAGUCUGUUACAUCUCAGUGUAGCGAUGUAAGCUUGAACUAUUAACGAUGUAUUUAUUCUAUAUCUGUGAUCUGUAAAUUGUAGUAAUUUUACCGAGCCCCCAAAGCUUUUGUAACUGAAAUGCUAUCUUGGUGUGACUUCUCAUUUAUUGCAACUGUGAUCUCAUAAAAUGUGAUCAUACAACACUUUCCCCUCCCUAUCAACUCUGUUGCAACUGUAGUCUGAUGUGAUUUUCCUUUCCUCUGAAACCCUGUGAUCUCAUGUAGUGAUUUGGCAGGAUGUACAACUCUGCUGCAACCAUGAUCCAAAGUAGUAAUUUUCUCUUCUACUGUUUUGUUGCAAUUAAGUUUUACUGAUUUUUCCCAGUAUCUGCAACUCUGUUGCAACUGCAUGAUGUAAAGUAAUAACUAUUUACCGUUGCAACUCUGUUGCAACUACAGUAUAGUAAUUCUCCAAGUAUUUGCAACUGUGAUCUGAUAUACUGAUUUCACCUGUCUCUGCAACUUUGUUGAAGCAAUUUCCUUCUGUUUGCAACUAUAUAAUCAUACAUUGAUCUUGAUUUAGUGAUCCUUUAAUUAAUCUGGACAGACAUAUUCUACAUUUUUUCUAGUUUAUAAUCAUAAUUAAUGGCGAUUUAAGAAUUUUGAGAAAUAUGUGGUAGAUAUUCAUCAGAUUUGCUUGCUUCUCUAAAGUGUCUUAAAUUAUAAUCUUAGCUCUUGUCCACAUUUUUAUGUGACAAAUAACUGUGACAUGCCCAUAUUUGGGAGUGAUAUGACAUCAUCAUACCCAUAUAUGGUCACAUCAAACAAAUUUGUCGCAUAAAAUUUGAGUGCGUUGACAGAGCAUUAAGCUAUGUCUUCACUAUCAAAUUUUAUGCGACAAAUAAAUUAUAUAUGCCUAAAUAUAGGCAAGUUUGUCAUGUAAAAUUUGAUAGUUGUGGACAAGCCUAAGAUACUAAUGAAUUUUUGAUGAUAUAAUUUAUGUCCUCAUUUUUCGAUAUUAGGACAAGCCCCUGGAGGUUUCAUCUCUAGGUCCUCACCAUAUUCUAUUUUUAUAAAAUGUUAAUAAAACAUUGAGCAUAACAGCUUUGUACAUAGCUGAACUUUUUUUUUUUUCAUCAGGCAAAUUAUUAUCUAGGAAACUAGAUCUGUGUCAAGUCGCAAUCCCAUACCUAAUGUUGUUGACAUUUACUAUAUAUGAAAAUGAGUGAACUAAGGACUGUAAGAAAUAAACUGAAGAUUGAUGAGAUUUUUUUUUUUUAGUAAAAUAGGGAGUUAACUUUUAUUGGGAUAAGUCCCAAGAGAUAACUUGUGUAUUUCUAAUCAUGCUUUAGAAAAGACAAAAAAAAAACAUUGUUGAUUCUGAUAGAAUGGGGACUUGAUCGCUUUUCAUCUGUGCUGUUUUGUGUACUGUAGGUAGAAAUACAGCUUAGGAGAAUUAAUUGUAAUAUUACAGUAAUUAUAUUGUAGUAUUAUUUAUGUUAUUUGUACUAUGUCAGUGUGCCGGUGUUUGAUUAUAUUUCAUUUUAGAUAAGUUUCAAUGAAUGUUAACUAUAAAGCUCCGUUUACACUAUUACAUUUUAUUAUGCCCAUGUUUGGGUAUAAUAAUAUGACAUCAUGCCCAUAUAUAGGCACAUAACACAAAUGUGUUAGUGUGGACACAGUUUAAGAAGCAUGCUUGUAGAAUGUAGAUUUAGAAAAAUAAACACAAAACCAGAGUACUAGACGACAUUAAUAUCAUACAAGAGAUAUGGAGAUAAAUGCAUGAUUUAAUGUUUAGUGAAAAGCUAUGUGUACUUCUGCCAAGUUACUGCUUGUGAAACUCUAAUAGGUAAAUAAUAGCCCUAUAUAUAUUAGUGUGUCUUAUUUAUAAUAUUUUGAUAAAUGCCAUUGUUUGUUGUCAGUGCAGAGUAUGAAAAUGUUCUAUGAAUUAUUAGUUUUUUUUGUUUUGUUUUAUAACAUGAUUGUGAGCGAUAACAGAUAAUGACUUUUUGUUCGUUUAAACAUGUAUAGUUUAUUAAGAGAAGUAAACAUAAACUUUAAGUUAAAAUACUUGCCAAAAUUUGUAUCCAAGACAUCUUGUAAAGAAUAAUUGAUGUGUAUGUAUCGAUGGUGUUAUUUUUAUUAUUUUCAUCAUUAUCAUCAUAAUGCUCUUUUUAAAUGAUGGGUUACCGAGUGACGUAUAUCGUCGUUUUCAAGUGAUAGUGAGAAGAAGCCUUCGAUGUAGCAAAUUGCCUUAUUCUGUUGUGGGCUUUUCAUAAAGCAUUGUUAAAAAUAAGUAAAAAUGAAAGAAUUGAAUAAGUUUGUAUUGUGAAGAUAAACCUUUUGUGGUUAAAUUGUAGAUAUUCAAAAUUAUCCAAAAUGUAGUCUAGUUGCUUGGAUACACAAAAGUGUAUAUAAUACAGUGAUCAUUUUUUUUUUACGAGUGUCUGAUUAGCAUCUUAGUUAUUUUGUACUCAGUUGAAUUUUCGACAAAUAUAUUUUGUCGACCGGAAUGUGGGAAUUAAAUCUGAAAGGAUAUUUGCUUUAGAAUAAUGUUAAGUGAUUCAUUAUUAUAUUAGCUAAUGAAGCAUUUAAUAGAACCACAACAAACGUGUUGAGACGUGACUUUUGCUAUUGCCCCUUAGACACGCUCAGAAUCAUGUGCAUAAUUGUAUGCUGGCCGGGUGCAUGUUUAUCUUGGAUAUCGUCAACAAUGACCUAUGACCUUCAUAAAAUAUAAGGAAUUUCACCCGCCACUAUUGUUUUUUUUACACUUUUUGGACCAAUGCAUUGUUUCGCCAUUCAUAAUUUUUUUUUUUUCUAACGCUUUGUCAGAAAUGCAGCAUUGUGUUUUGUUUAUCAUGAUUGUACAGAGUAAUAAAUGUUUUCCUUCAAA